AUGUCCAACUCUCAAAAAAGAGAAAAGCUUGAUAUCGAGUCUCCAGAGGAACGCGAAGCCCGUCUCGGUCAGCUGUUAUCUAGUAUCUCUACCGGGGCAAAACCGUCAGAUAUCGAGCCCUCAACACCUUCAAACCCCUUACCAAGUCGGCCACAUGCCAUGCCCGAGAGCGAUGUUUUGGCUCGCGUACGGGCCUUCCUACCCCAAUUCCAGGCUGCCAACGAGGAUCUGCUCAAGCGCGCAGAGGAAGAUCCAGAUUCGGUGGAUAUCGAGAAAGGCCAGGGUCAACACAUUGCCAUGGAUCUUGGCCUGGGUGUGUUCGAUGCCCCUGAGAACCCUUCGAACGACAUGGGGCCUAUUAUCGAAAGCACAGUGCCAGAAGGCUUCCAACAACGGCAAGAUGAAGAGAGCGAGGACGAAAGCAGCAGCGAUAGCGACAGUGAAGGUACCAGUAGUAGUUCAGAGGCAGGUGAGAGUGUGUCAGCUGCAAAGUAA